AUGUUACUCGCUUCCCUGGCGUUCGCACAGUCGCAGCGGAUCCUGCAGCAACCGGCAGACACCAAGGCGGUCAUCGGGGCUACCGUCCUGCUGCGUUGUCAAGUGGAGAACCAAAUUAGCGCCAUCACGUGGACCAAGAACAAGUUCAUUCUUGGAUCAUCCCGGUCUCUGCCCGCUUAUCCGCGCUACUCAAUGGUCGGCUCCAGCGUCAAGGGUGAAUAUCAUCUAGAAAUAAAAAACGUGUCUUUAUCUGACGAUGCCGUUUACCAAUGCACCCUGGCCAAAGGGGUCGACCAACCGGAGGAAUCGUCGCAGCCCGUGCGACUCACCGUUAUCGUGCCACCCACCUACGUGCAGCUCGCUAACAACAGCGUGCCAGCGUCAGUGAAUGAGGACGACGAACAGCUGAUCAGCUGUACUUCAGGGAAUGCGAGACCGGCGGCCAGCAUCCAAUGGAAAGUGUCCUCGACAGCCAACGGUUCAGAGCCGUCUCGCCUUUUGGACAACGAUCACGACUCCAAGGUACAGGCUAAGAAGCAUGGCUUCCUCUACUCUACCACUAGCACAAUCAGGCGAGUAUUUUUCCUACUUUACACUAGCUUUGACUUUGAUCUUUUCCUGCCGAAAGCAGCUGACGAUGGUCAUUUCAUUGUUUGCGAGGUACGUCACGAAGCACUUGAAUCACCACUGACAUCCGCUACCAAACUGAAUAUCCGAUACAGACCGAAAGUCAGCGUGAAAUUAGUACACAGCCAGUCGGAAUCAGGGGAGAAAACUUCUUGGCUGGUUUGCGACGCAGAAGGCAAACCGAACGAAACGAUGCGAUACGAAUGGCGCAUGGAUAACAAGAUUUUGAAAAACGCGAAAUCGUCGCAGCUUCAUUUACCUGACGCUGCGGAUCAGAAGGAAGGCACGGAGUACAUCUGCACAGCUACCAACUCUGUUGGCUCCGGAAACGGAUCUUUCUCCGUUACUUCUCGCCAUGCUCCAAAGGCACUUCAGAAAGAUACCACGAUUAAAGUCGUAGACGAAGGCAGCACGGUCACAUUGGAGUGCAAAAUGGACGGAAACCCGCCACCUACUAUCACCUGGAACAAAUUAGGAGAAAACAGGGUGCUGCACAAAGGUUCACAAUUUGUCAUAGAAAAAGUGCGAACGGACCACCAAGGAAAUUAUCGUUGCGAUGGAUUUGUACCCGGUUUUCCAGUCCAAAGUCUGAACUUCGUUUUGAAUGUCAAUGGUCCGCCUUCGGUAAAUAUUGUUAGCAGCUUGUGGAAUAGCGAGCAGCGCAGUGCGGAGAUCGUUUGUGCCGUCGUUGCUCAUCCAGCUGUAAAGUCGAUUCAGUGGCUCAGAAAUCAACAGCCAAUCGAUUUCAGAAUGAGUAAAAACAAUUUUGAAAAAUACGAACUGCCAAAAGCAGGUGACGUCGUGUACAGUAAAUUGAAGGUGUACAAAUUGGACAGCGACGAACUUGGCGUUUUCAACUGCACCGCAUACAACGACUACGGUUCUAACUCGUCAUCCGCGCAGCUUUACUUGAAUGAUAAUAUGUCACUGUACGUGAUGGUGCCCGGUGUGGUGGGUGGUUGCGUGGCGAUACUGAUAUUGGCGUUUGCCCUGAUCUUGAUGAACCACAAGCAUCUCUGCGGCUCGAAGAUGUCCGUGCAAAGUGAUGUACAAAGUGAUUUUACGAUCAAGGUUGAGGCACUGGACGGCAACGGCUUGCCUCUGCCGUAUUACUGUGAUCUGUACGGUGAAAACGCAGAUGGUGUGGAGAUACUAAGAAACAAAAAAAACGGACAGCUACCUCAAAUGAGGUACGCGGAUGAUACCGCCUUAUUGAAUGAAACGAACCAUGUCAACGGUGGACCAAACUAUACAUUUACGCACCAUAACCACUCUCUGACAUCCCCGAAUUCGACGUUCUUCACAAACGAUUUGGUUUCGGUACCCUAUCGGUCAUUGGCGAGCUACUGUGACCAGAAUUACCUAUUGGGGUUCGUGCCAAUGCAACUCGAAACGCUGGCUGAGGUGCCAACCCCGGACGCGGCCGAUGAACAGCGCGAGAUGGCCUCUUACAUGCCUAGGUGUCCCAGUCAGUCUUCUACCCAUGUGUAA